AUGCUAAAUUCUUGGGGAGAAGAUAUAGAUAUUAAUACUACUAUUAAUACUUUGAACGGUGUUUCGAAGAGUUCUUCUUCUACAUCUAUAAAUACAUCUACUAGCACCAAUAGUGCUUCAACUGCUAAGAAUGGUGAUACACGCUCUUCGAAAUCAUCAACAAAAUCAUUAGCCAAUUCUGCCAAAUUAGUAACCAAACCUGUUUCCAGUACUAGUUCUUUUUUCGGGAAAUUCACAGGUGGUGGUGGUGGUAGUAGUAAUAGUAGUAAUAAUAGUCAUAACAGUAGUACUGGUACAAACCAAGCUUCUGGUAGUGGGUCAGGUUCUCUAACUACAACAACCACUAAUUCGUCUGAAGAUACUCGCGAAGGCAAUGAUAACUUGACGAUUCAAAAAAUCAAUGCUUCCAUUGGAUCCAUUAAAGGAGAAGAUAUCAAAUGGGAUUUUUGGAAACUAUUGAGAUUUAGCAAUCCAGAUAAAGAAUUAUUAAAGUUCAUUAGAGCCAGAAAAUGGGAUCCAAAUAGAAGUUCCAUUGCCCUAACUAGAACCACAAAAUGGAAAGCCUAUGAUCAUAAUGUUAAUCAAAUCAUUAUGGAUGGUGAAUACUAUGUUUUCAAAAACGAAAUGACAGGUGUUAUGCAAAACUUGACACUUAGAAAAGCUGUUAUUCUUGGCCAUGAUUUGAAUGAUAGACCAGUUAUCGUUGUGAGACCAAAAUUACAUAGCACAGCUCAACAGACUCAUGAAGAAUUGGAGAAAUAUGUUUUAUUGGUAGUAGAGGAAUUACAAUUGUUUUUCAAAGAGAAAACCACCACUGCAACAUUAUUAUUUGAUUUGACUGGGUUUUCAUUAUCAAAUAUGGAUUAUACAGCAGUAAAAUUUAUUAUUACGGUCUUUGAAGCUCAUUACCCAGAAUGCUUGGCGACAAUGAUCAUCCAUAAUGCUCCUUGGCUAUUUACUCCAAUUUGGAAAGUAGUUAAAGCUUGGUUGGAUCCAGUGGUUGCAGCAAAAGUUAAUUUCUCAUAUUCGUUGAAGGAUUUAAAUAAAUUCAUACCUACUGAACAAUUACCCAAAUAUUUAGGUGGUGAAUUAGAUUAUGAUUUGGAUAGGUAUACUCCACCUGAUGGAACAUACGACAUUCAUCUCAAUGAUAAAGAAAAGAGAACCAUUUUAUUAGACCAAUGGCGUGUUUUAAUUGCUGAAUUUAUUAAAAUCACUAAAGAAUGGAUAUUGUCAGAGAACCAAUCAGAAAACAAAAAACUUUGGUUGCAAAAAUAUGAUUUGUCUCAAAAAUUAAGAGCAAAAUAUAUCGAGAUGGAUCCUUACCUAAGAACAAGAUCAAGCUAUGAUAUCGAUGGAUUGUUAGUUUUAGAAUAG